CCUCCUCCUCCUCCUCCUGGGUGAUGAUUUGCGAGGAAGAUGCGCGCUAUCAGAGAUUUCCGCCGACAUUCGCCCUCGCUCGGCCGCAUCGACGCGCUGUUGUGACGCGCCGCCGCCGCCGCACCGGAGCGCCUCGGCUCCUGCCGCCGCGGGACCCACAGGUGCUUCGCGCGCCUUCCAGCUGUUUCGACGAGCCGCCCCCCUCCCCCACCUCCGCUCCAGUUCGCCCACCAAACGAGCUCCUCCAGCCUAAGCGAGACCGAGGCAGAUGCCCGUCGCACUGCUGUCACCCCGGCUUCUACUAUGGUGGAGUUCCCAUCCCUGAGCCCUUACUGGCCGCUGCUCCGCUUCCUGGUGCCUCUGGCGAUCACCAAUGUUGCCAUCGACCUCGGCGAGCAGGCCCUCAACAGGGGCAUCGCCACGGUCAAGGAGGAUGCGGUGGAGAUGCUGGCCAGCUACGGCCUGGCCUACUCGCUCAUGAAGUUUUUCACGGGCCCCAUGAGCGACUUCAAGAAUGUGGGCUUGGUGUUUGUGAACAGCAAGCGCGACCGCAGGAAGGCCGUGUUGUGCAUGGCGGCGGCGGGGGCCAUAGCGUUCAUUCUGCAUAUCCUGAUAGCCUACACAGACCUGGGCUACUACAUCGUUAAUAAACUCCACCAUGUGGAUGAGUCUGUGGGCCACAAGACCCGGAAAGCGUUUUUCUACUUGGCAGCGUUCCCUCUCCUGGAUGCGAUGGCGUGGAUUCACGCCGGCAUCCUCCUCAAGCACAAGUACAGCGUCAUCGUGGGCUCAGCCUCCGUCUCCGACGUCGUGGCCCAGAUCGUUUUCGUGGCCAUUCUCCUCCACAGCAACCUGGAGUGCGUAGAGCCUCUCCUCAUCCCAAUCCUCUCCCUCUACAUGGGCGCCUUGGUCCGCUUCAGCAUUGUGGGCGUGGGUUACUACUGCAAUAUCCACGACGCCAUUCCCGAUUCCAGCGGACUGGAUGUUGGCGGCGACGCUACCAUCAAGAAGAUGCUGAGCUUCUGGUGGCCGCUGGCCCUCAUCCUUGCCACACAACGCAUCAGCCGGCCCAUCGUCAAUCUCUUUGUGUCCCGAGACCUCAAGGGUACCACUAAGGCCACAGAGGCUGUGGCUGUGCUCACAGCGACAUACCCAGUGGGUCACAUGCCCUACGGCUGGUUAACUGAACUGAGGGCAGUGUAUCCCGCCUUUGACAAGAACAACCCCAGCAACAAGAUAAACGCUGGCAGUCCCGUCACCAAGUCGCACAUUAAAAAGUUUACAUUCUGCUGUCUGGCCCUGUCACUAACGCUUUGCUUUGUAAUGUUCUGGAGCCCUCACGUGUCCGAGAAGAUCCUGGUGGACAUCAUCGGGGUGGACUACCCUUUCGCCUUGUUGUGUGUGGUACCGCUACGGAUUUUCUCCUUUUUCCCCCUUCCAGUGACAGUUCGAGCCCACCUGACCGGCUGGCUCAUGACUCUGAAGAAGACUUUUGUGUUGGCCCCGAGCUCAGUGCUCCGCAUCAUCGUCCUCAUCACCAGCCUGGUCGUGCUGCCGUACAUGGGGGUUCACGGGGCCACGCUCGGGGUAGGGUCCCUCCUGGCCGGCUUCAUUGGGGAGUCCACAAUGGUUGCCAUAGCAGCCUGCUAUGUUUACCGACAACAGCGGAACAACGAGAUGUCCAAUGAGCUGGUGAUGGAGGGCGAGGACUCUGCCCCCAUGAGCGAGGUGUGCUCUCGCUCUCAGAUGGACGCCAUCGAGGAGGUCCAGGAGGACGACGACGACGAGCGGCGGGAGUGAAGAUGAGGACGGCGAGGCAGACCUCCGCGAGUGUUACAGUGCGGGACGACGAGGGAGGAGCGCAAGGAGUCCGAUUCUCCCGACUUUGUGGUGCCACCCUUCCUCGGCACGGUGGACUUACAUCACCAUGACGACGCACACUGUAAACCAAGCCAUGCACCUCCAAGUCUUGAUCAAAUCAAUGUAAAUACCGUCUGAGCAUCAUCGCUUCAACCUUCCUUUGUGUUUACUGGUAAACAAGGGAAUUUAAAAAAAACACGUGGGACGAUUAGUUUUUUCUCUUCGCAGAGCAUGAAGGGAACAUCUUGCGAGUCGGAGUCCUAAAUAUCUGAGUUGAAUUCUAGAAAUGUUGUGGGACUUCCUGGGUUGUGCAAUUGUGUUUUACAUAAAGUGGUGUACAGAGUAUUGUUUUCUAAGGCAAUGCGUAUAUUUGAUUGCGAGGAGGGGUCGGGAAUCCCUCAUUAUAUCACAACGUAUUCACUUCAUACGGUCUGUUUAGCCAAACAUCUUUCUGCUAGUGUUCAGACUGUCCCAUGUGCUGUAUAUAUUGUACAGACAUUCUUAUUUGGCAAAUAAAUUGCUUUAUUAUCAAGCCGCCUUCUGUUGCUUUUAAGCAACGAUGGAAGGAGACGACGUAGAGAAUUGUGCUUUCGUUUUAUUCAUUCAAAUGCCAUCAGCAAGAGGACAAUCCCUGCCGCUGUUGACUUCUGAGACACGCCACAUACAUUCAUUCUUGUGCAUUUUUUUUUCUAAGGCAACAUGAAGGACCAAGCUGGCCUUGGCAACGAGAUCCAGCGGCUGGUGGUCGAGACUGAGGCCAGCCCUUGUGGCAACAUUGGCACGUGUUCCUCCUCAGUGGCUUGACUUGGCUU